AUGUGGGAAUGGGCGGCUCGCGCGGACCAGAGCGGGCCAGCGAGCGAACUUGAUAAGAUUACCAUUCACACCCGAUGUGGUAACUUAGAUGAAUUUGGAGCCCCGAGAUCCAUGCUGAUCCACAUCAGAUCAGACUGCAAAGUCCUGCUAGCGCCCAUUCUUAUUGUCUUGCUCUCUCUCAUGACCCUCGCAAAGACAAUUGAAAUGUCUCAAACAACAAGUCUCUCGGAACAUGGACCUGUAAUCCCAGGGCACGCAUUCCCGCAUUCGCUUCUAUCUGCGUGCAAGUCGAUACAAUAUGUCAUCUUAUCCCACUUGUCUGCUCAAACGGUCUUACCACGUCGAUUUGGCCAGUUACCUUGA